UAAGAAAUGUAUAACAAUGUAUAUCUAGGUCACAUUUUAUAGCGAGCUGUGUUAACUGUGUUAGGAAAUUUCAGUAAAGUGAUACAGGGAUGUGUACCGCUCUGUGCUUGUUUAAUAACAUGCCGUAGGCUCAAGUUGGUUAAGCUGAUGCAGGCUAGAGAGAUGGUGUUAUUGUUCACUAUAAGCGAUUAUCUAAUGUUCGCUACACAGGAUCAUCUCAUGAUCAGUGUACACGAGCUGUCACGGAGAUCUAGAUUUGUGUGACAGGUUUAAACGUUUUUAAGAUUCUGUGAGUCAAGAUGUGUUCAAGUGAUGUGUUCAACAUAGUGUGUGUACAAGUCAGACCGCGAGUGUGCGAUAAACGGAUUUUCAUGACAAGUUGUGGUAUUAGGCCUAUGAAUUCUUAAUUACACUAGCCUCUCAUUCAUUAACUUAGACAAUCGUAGUAAUUAGCAUUGCAUACAAAUAAAGAAGCAGUCCUGCUUUACAGCAACCUUCAGUUUCCUCAUUAGAUUCUAUUGACUUGACUCGCUGGACAAAGAGCGCAACUGAAGCCAAACUGCAGAUAUAAUAGACGUUCAACUUCCGGUGAGAACCGCAACAAAGUGUAUGUGCUUUCCUGUGUACAAGGAGGUCUUCGCUGUGGUGGUGUCUGUGAAUACAACUUUUUUGUAAGAUUUGCAGCACUAGGCCAAAUGUCGCCAAAUGUCACCUUUUUAUGACUAAGCUUAAAGUUCAAUGUCGCAAACUGGCUUGUCAAAAGCUCAUUGAAAAUAUAACCGGGAAACAAAAGAAAGCAUCAUUUUUUACUGCCAUGUGUAUAAAGAAGAGUUACGACAAUAAACCAUCUCGUCUGGACAACCAAAAAUCAAUAUUUUACAUAGUUUAGCUGACUAAAAUGUUGUCGCUGGGAUCAACAUAAAAUAGACAGUAAUAUGCAUGACAGAAAAACAAUCUUUCUAAGCUUCUAUCAUGUAUACCAGCGCAAUGAAAGCUUAAAACUCUAGGUACGGAUCUAGGUACUGAUCUAGAUACUGAUCUAAAACUGCCAAAUAUAACUUGUAGCUUUCUGUGUGAAAAACAGUGUCUGGUCUUGGAACUCCGGAUGGCUAGGCUAAGGAUGAAAUAUCUUUAUUUUCGUCGUUACCAGUGCGUCCUUUUGUUCGUCGCAAGCCUGGGUCUACUAGGCUUGGUUUUGGAAUAUAAGAAAUAUGGUAAAACUCGUGGAGAACGAUGGAGAGACCCCAAAGGGGUCAAGCAUAACUUUAGCAAAGCAGAUGUGGAGUACUUCGCUAAAAAUAUCAUGAUAACCUACACACUCAUUGCCAGCAAAGAUCCAUAUGAAACACAGUUUGAGGCUGAGAUAGCUAUGACCAACAAAGCUGACCGGAUCUUCCCAGGACAUGAUUGGACAAUCUUCUUUUCACAGAUGUAUUCUGUGCAGCUUCCUUAUCCGAGUCACCUAGAAGACUUCGAGACGCAAAACUAUGGUGUUCGUAUCUUUCACUGGAAUGGUCAGUUGUACAGUUUUCAGCCAACAGAAGAUUUCGGCUACCUCAUUCCUGGGGCCACCAAAAAAAUACGUGUCUUGGCGCUGCACAGGGGUAUGGCAGUUACUGACACAUUCCCUAACUGGUACAUUGUGUUCAAAGGGUUUCCCCCACAUGUCAUCAGCAACACUGAGGAUGACCCAUUUAAGUUUGUUCGAUUACUCAAUGAGUCUUACAGCUUGAAUCUAAACAAAAUUAAUACUUUAACUUCUAGAAACCGCUAUGAGAAUGAUAUGAAAAAUAUUGGCCAUGCAACUCUCCCAAUACUUCCAACACCACUGUCCAUACUAUCUCACAAGCCUCAUAAAUUCCUAAACAUUCAGCAAAACUCUUUGGUCAUUGUUUGCGAUGAUAACAUCUUUGAGCGUGAAGCCAGAUUACUUGCAACUGCCUGGAAUCUGACAAUGGUCAAACGUUUACCAUCCAAAAGUUUUAUCCAUUUUGGAAAAAGAGAAAUGGAUUUGGAAAGUGGAAAAGUAUUUAUAACAGAAGCCUACAGCCUGAGUGUGAAUGUGGCCCAGCAGGCAAUCAAUGUCUAUGCCAUGUCCUCAGCAGGGGCUUUCUACGCAGUUCAGACAUUGUUCACCCUGGCAGGAGAUACAUACAAGCUCCCCGAGAUUAAUCUAAUAGAUGCACCCAGAUUUGGAUAUCGUGGAUUGAUGUUGGAUAUAGCUAGGAACUUUCAUGGAAAAGAUACCAUCAAAAGGUACUUGGACCUAAUGGCAAUGUACAAACUCAAUAAAUUACAUCUUCACCUGUCAGAUGAUGAAGGUUGGAGGCUGGAAAUACCUGGACUUGAAGAGUUGACUGAGAUUGGUGGACAACGAUGUCAUGAUCCAACUGAGACUAGAUGUAUUCUACCAUUUCUUGGACCCCCAUUAGAAAAAAAGUCCCCUGGAUCUGGAUAUUUAACAGUUUUAGAUUACAAAGAACUACUGCGGUAUGCAAUAGAUCGCCAUAUAGAAAUCAUUCCAGAAAUCGAUCUUCCUGGUCAUUCUCAUGCUGCUAUCAAAGCCAUGGAGGCCAGAUUUUUGAAACUGUACAACACAAAUUUGACAGCAGCGCAAGAGUAUCUUCUGUCUGAUCUAAAAGACUCUUCAGCCUACUAUUCUGUUCAGAAAUUUAAAGACAAUGUCGUCAACCCAUGUCUCCAUUCAACUUAUGCUUUCAUCAACAAAGUAGUUGGUGCUCUCCAUGAUAUGCACAAGAAUAUAAACCCUCUGAAGAUAUUCCAUUUAGGAGGUGAUGAGAUUCCUAAAUCUGCAUGGAUUAACUCUCCAAUCUGUAGAGUGCUGCAUCUGCAUGAUGAUGUCAGGACCCUUAAGGAGAUAUUCAUUGUCAAAGUGUCAGACAUUCUUGGUAAAUACAACCUUGAGGUAGCUCUCUGGCAGGAUGGAUUUGUUGCCAAUCAGAUUUUCGUCUUGCCUAGGUCUACAUUUUCAGAAGACAGGGAUAUCCAUGCUUACAUCUGGAAUGACAUUGCCGAUGUUUACCAAGCUGACAAAAUGGCAAGAGAAGGAUACCGGGUCAUCCUUACUGGUGCGGAACACUUGUAUUUCGACCACCCUUACGAUGUGGACUCAUCAGAGCCUGGCCUGACCUGGGCUCACAAAAUGCUUUCCACUAAAGAUGUUUACUCUUUUGUCCCAGAUGACUCCUUUUUGGACCUCCCGGUAGAUUGCAAUGGCAGCCUGUUCUGUCCACAAAGAUCAAUACAUAUGCUGGAAGGGAUCCAAGGGACGUUAUUUGGUGAACUGGUCAGAACAAGUGAUUUAUUAGACUAUAUGUUGCUCCCUAGAGUUAUUGCCCUUGCAGAGAGAGCAUGGAGAGAAGCUCCAUGGCACAAAAUUUCUGACCCAAUGAAAAAAGAGGAGGCCUUGGAAUCUUACUGGGGAGAGUUCGCUACCACAGUGGGCUAUAAAGAACUGGACAGACUGGAUCAACUAGGUUUUAAAUACAGAGUCCCUACACCAGGUGCCAUUAUAAAAGACAAUAUACUUUACACAUCGACUGAGUUCCCUGGUCUUGUGGUAGAAAUGUCCAGAACAGGCAAAAGCCAUUGGAUAAUUGUUCAUUCUGGUCACACGCCAGUUGCUCCAGGUGAAAAGAUCAACAUCAGAGCAAGAUCUGCCAAUGGCCAGCGUUACAGCAGAACAGUAACACUUUUGAAUAGAUAGUUGGCAUGUAUCGUAUGACUGACUUAAUGAAUGAAUGACAUUGAAUUUCUAAGUUGGAUAUUAGACCUUUUUAGUUGACUUUAAGUCAUAUUGAAUUAUUAGAUUGUGGGUGUUAUUUUUAAAAAUAUACCACUAUAUGUUGUAUUGGAUAUGUUUGAAUCACCAAAUGCAUUCAUGGGAAAAAAAAUAAGGACAAAGCUCUUUUUUGUUUUAGAUGUUUGUAUGAAUGUACCAUUAAUUUCAAUGGCUUAGUUAGCAUCAUGUUUACUAUCAUCAUUUUAUGUUUAUGGUUGGGUCAGAA